GGGUGCGACUGGCGCCUUCUAGCCGCGCGGGGCGGCGGACCGGGAGGAUACGGAACCCCGAGCGCCGCGGCUGCGGGCGCCCGAGAGAAGGAGGAGGAGGAAGAGACGGAGGAGGAGGAGGAGGCGGGCUGGCGAGCGGACCAGCGGGCGGGCGGGUGCGCAGCGCGAAGAGGCAGCCUCGGCGCCGCCUGGCUCGGCGUCAGCUCAGGAGGCCCCAGACUGGAUCUGCAUCUAAUGGGCUAGUGAUGCCCGGAGGAUAGUCCAUGCUAGCAUGCGUCACCUCUAGACACAUCCACCAGACACUUCUCCUCCACUGUCUGCCUGACCCGUUGCUUAGGGACACGUCCCACCGCUUCCCCUGACGUCUGCUUGAUCAACCGUCGUUUCCUUAGAGAACAAGGAAGGAGGCAGACGCAGGAAAUCAUGCCACCGACAGCCCAAGAGCAAUGAGUGAAUGAUGCGGAGUUGACGUCAAAGGCAGAGAAGACCAAGACCCAACAGCAGCUCCCUCUCCAGACUCCCCUCGGCCCUGCAGCUUCGGCCCCUGGCUCCUUCUCUCAGCACAGCCUGAAGCCUGGCUCCUCCUGGGGAAAUCGUCUCAGCUUGACGUAUUUUGAGAUCUUCAGACCCCUGGACACUAGACACCAUGGAGAAUCACAUGUUCAGUGUUCAGCAGAUCCAACCCAACGUCAUUUCUGUCCGCCUCUUCAAGCGCAAGGUAGGGGGCCUGGGGUUCCUGGUGAAAGAGAGGGUCAGCAAACCGCCUGUGAUCGUCUCCGACCUGAUCCGAGGGGGUGCCGCAGAGCAGAGCGGCCUCAUCCAGGCUGGGGACAUCAUUCUCGCGGUCAACGGCCAGCCCUUGGUGGACCUGAGCUAUGACAGCGCCCUGGAGGUGCUCCGGGGAAUUGCCUCUGAGACCCACGUGGUCCUCAUUCUGAGGGGCCCCGAGGGCUUCACCACGCACCUGGAGACCACCUUCACCGGGGACGGGACCCCCAAGACCAUCCGGGUGACACGGCCCCUGGGUGCUCCCACCGCAGCCGUUGAUCUGUCCCACCCAUCAUCAGCCAGCAAAGAGCAGCCACUGGCAGUGGACGGGGCCACGGGUCCUGGCAAUGGGCCACAGCACGUGCCAGACAUUGGGCAGGAAGCCGGCUCACUCUCCCACGCUAACGGCCUGGCUCCCAGGCCCCUGGGCCAGGACCCUGCUAAGAAAAGUCCCGGGGUCGCCCUCCAGGGUAGCGAGGACAAUAAACUGCUCAAAGAAAUAGAGCCUGUGCUGAAUCUUCUCACCAAUGGGGGCAAAGGGAUCAACGGAGGGGGACCUGCCAAGGCGGAGACAAAGGAUGCAGGAGUCCAGGUGGACAGAGAUCUGGACGGCAAAUCACACAAAGCUCUGCCCCUCGGCGUGGAGAAUGACCGAGUCUUCAGUGACCUGUGGGGGAAAGGCAACGUGCCUGUCGUCCUCAACAACCCAUAUUCAGAGAAGGAGCAGCCCCCUGCCUCGGGAAGGCAGUCCCCCACGAAGAAUGGCAGUCCCUCCAAGUGCCCCCGCUUCCUCAAGGUCAAGAACUGGGAGACGGAUGUGGUUCUCUCGGACACCCUCCACCUUAAGAGCACGUUGGAAACGGGAUGCACCGAGCACAUCUGUAUGGGGUCCAUCAUGCUUCCUUCUCAGCAAAUACGAAGGCCUGAAGACAUCCGCACAAAAGAACAGCUCUUCCCUCUCGCCAAAGAGUUUAUUGAUCAGUACUAUUCAUCAAUUAAAAGAUUUGGCUCCAAAGCCCACAUGGAGAGGCUGGAAGAGGUGAACAAAGAGAUUGAAACCACCAGCACCUACCAGCUCAAGGACACGGAGCUCAUCUAUGGGGCCAAGCACGCCUGGCGGAAUGCCUCCCGCUGCGUCGGCAGGAUCCAGUGGUCCAAGCUGCAGGUGUUUGAUGCCCGCGACUGUACCACGGCUCAUGGGAUGUUCAACUACAUCUGUAACCACAUCAAGUAUGCCACCAACAAAGGGAACCUCAGAUCUGCCAUCACCAUAUUUCCCCAGAGGACUGACGGCAAGCACGACUUCCGAGUCUGGAACUCCCAGCUCAUCCGCUACGCCGGCUACAAGCAGCCCGAUGGCUCUGUCCUGGGGGAUCCAGCCAAUGUGGAGUUCACAGAGAUCUGCAUACAGCAGGGCUGGAAACCCCCAAGGAGCCGCUUUGAUGUCCUGCCACUCCUGCUCCAGGCCAAUGGCAACGACCCCGAGCUCUUCCAGAUCCCUCCAGAGCUGGUGUUGGAAGUGCCCAUCAGGCACCCCAAGCUUGAGUGGUUCAAGGACCUUGGGCUGAAGUGGUACGGCCUCCCUGCUGUGUCCAACAUGCUUCUGGAGAUCGGUGGCCUGGAGUUCAGCGCCUGUCCCUUCAGCGGCUGGUACAUGGGCACGGAGAUUGGUGUCCGCGACUACUGUGACAGCUCCCGAUACAACAUCCUGGAGGAAGUGGCCAAGAAGAUGAACUUGGAUAUGAGAAAGACAUCCUCCCUAUGGAAGGACCAGGCGCUGGUGGAGAUCAACAUUGCAGUUCUGUACAGCUUCCAGAGUGACAAAGUGACCAUCGUGGACCACCACUCGGCCACCGAGUCCUUCAUUAAGCACAUGGAGAAUGAGUACCGCUGCCGGGGGGGCUGCCCCGCCGACUGGGUGUGGAUCGUGCCCCCCAUGUCUGGCAGCAUCACCCCCGUCUUCCACCAGGAGAUGCUCAACUACCGGCUCACCCCCUCCUUCGAAUACCAGCCUGACCCUUGGAACACCCAUGUCUGGAAAGGUACCAACGGGACCCCCACAAAGCGGCGAGCCAUCGGCUUCAAGAAGCUGGCAGAAGCUGUCAAGUUCUCAGCCAAGCUGAUGGGGCAGGCAAUGGCCAAGAGGGUCAAGGCUACCAUCCUUUAUGCCACAGAGACGGGCAAAUCGCAGGCUUAUGCCAAAACCUUGUGUGAGAUCUUCAAACAUGCCUUCGAUGCCAAGGUGAUGUCCAUGGAAGAAUAUGACAUUGUGCACCUGGAACAUGAAACUCUGGUCCUGGUGGUUACCAGCACCUUUGGCAAUGGAGACCCCCCUGAGAACGGGGAGAAGUUCGGCUGCGCUUUGAUGGAAAUGAGGCACCCCAACUCUGUGCACGAGGAAAGGAAGUACCCGGAACCCUUGCGUUUCUUUCCCCGUAAAGGGCCUCCCCUUCCCCGAGGUGACAGAGAAGUCCACGGUCUGGCUGCAGCCCGUGACAGCCAGCACAGGAGCUACAAGGUCCGGUUCAAUAGUGUUUCCUCAUACUCAGAUUCCCGCAAAUCAUCAGGCGACGGGCCAGACCUCAGAGACAACUUUGAGAGUGCCGGGCCCCUGGCAAAUGUGAGGUUCUCUGUGUUCGGCCUUGGCUCACGGGCAUACCCUCAUUUCUGCGCCUUUGGACACGCCGUGGACACCCUCCUGGAAGAGCUGGGGGGAGAGAGGAUCCUGAAGAUGAGGGAGGGGGAUGAGCUCUGUGGGCAGGAAGAGGCUUUCAGGACCUGGGCCAAGAAGGUCUUCAAGGCAGCCUGUGACGUGUUCUGCGUGGGAGAUGACGUCAACAUUGAGAAGGCGAACAACUCCCUCAUCAGCAAUGACCGAAGCUGGAAGAGAAACAAGUUCCGCCUCACCUAUGUGGCUGAAGCUCCGGAACUUACACAAGGUCUAUCCAGUGUCCACAAAAAGCGGGUCUCAGCCGCUCGACUCCUCAGCCGUCAAAACCUUCAGAGCCCCAAAUCCAGCCGAUCCACCAUCUUCGUGCGUCUCCACACCAAUGGGAACCAGGAGCUGCAGUACCAGCCUGGGGACCACCUGGGUGUCUUCCCGGGCAACCAUGAGGACCUCGUGAAUGCCCUGAUCGAGCGGCUGGAGGACGCGCCCCCUGUCAACCAGCUGGUGAAGGUGGAGCUGCUGGAGGAACGGAACACGGCUUUGGGCGUUAUCAGUAACUGGACCGAUGAGCAUCGCCUCCCGCCCUGCACCAUCUUCCAGGCCUUCAAAUACUAUCUGGACAUCACCACCCCGCCGACGCCGCUGCAGCUGCAGCAGUUUGCCUCCCUGGCCACCAGCGAGAAAGAGAAGCAGCGUCUGCUGGUCCUCAGCAAGGGACUGCAGGAGUACGAGGAAUGGAAGUGGGGCAAGAACCCCACCAUCGUGGAGGUGCUGGAGGAGUUCCCGUCCGUCCAGACGCCCUCCACGCUGCUCCUGACCCAGCUGUCCCUGCUGCAGCCACGCUACUACUCCAUCAGCUCCUCCCCAGACAUGUACCCCGACGAGGUGCACCUCACCGUGGCCAUCGUCUCCUACCGCACCCGAGAUGGAGAAGGACCAGUUCACCACGGUGUGUGCUCCUCCUGGCUGAACCGGAUCCAGGCUGACGAAGUGGUGCCCUGUUUCGUGAGAGGAGCGCCCAGCUUCCACCUGCCCCGAAACCCCCAAGUGCCCUGUAUCCUGGUUGGCCCGGGCACUGGCAUUGCCCCUUUCCGAAGCUUCUGGCAGCAACGGCAGUUUGAUAUCCAGCACAAAGGAAUGAGUCCCUGCCCCAUGGUCCUGGUCUUCGGGUGCCGACAGUCCAAGAUAGACCACAUCUACAGAGAGGAGACCCUACAGGCCAAGAGCAAGGGGGUCUUCAGAGAACUGUACACAGCCUACUCUCGGGAGCCUGACAAACCAAAGAAGUACGUGCAGGACAUCCUACAGGAGCAGCUGGCGGAACCCGUGUGCCGAGCCCUGAAGGAGCAAGGGGGCCACAUUUACGUCUGUGGGGACGUCACCAUGGCCGCUGACGUCCUCAAAGCCAUCCAGCGCAUCAUGACCCAGCAGGGGAAACUCUCGGUAGAGGAUGCUGGCGUGUUUAUCAGCAGGCUGAGGGAUGACAACCGGUACCAUGAGGAUAUUUUCGGGGUCACCCUGCGCACGUAUGAAGUGACCAACCGCCUUAGAUCUGAAUCCAUUGCCUUCAUCGAGGAAAGCAAAAAAGAUACUGACGAGGUUUUCAGCUCCUAACUGGACCCUCUUGCCCGGACGGAUGGCAGGGUGGCCGCCCUGCACUUGGCGGGGGUGGCUGCAGGUUCUAUAAGCGUGGACACCGCUGAACUCUUCCUCCAGCCCCCCCGCCGCGGCCCCCGCUCUGCCUUGUCCUGUCGCCAUGUCCUGGUCCUCCUCUCCUGAGUUCUCACCUCUCCGUGGUUUCCUUGGCCCUCUUGGGUUUUCUCCUUGAGUUUUCCUGCUGCAGUGCGAUGCCUUUAUAAUCCGCAGUGGCUCUUACAAAACCUGUCUCCCUCCCCCUUCUUUCCGACAAGGGCAGAUCUCCGCUGCAUGAAACCCCUGGAACAUGGCUGUGGCUCGUGUUAGGGUGUUUUCUGGGGUUUGCCCUGGAGAAGCUGCAGAGACCGGGCAGAAGAAUUUUCUGAGCUAGUCCCUCAGCUGUUCAAAUCCCCCCCAUCCUUUUUUAUGAUGACGUUCUGGUCGUGCGAGCGUGUGUGUGUGUGUGUGUGCGCGCGCGUGGGAUGGGCCUGGGUCUCCGUCUGUCCUCUUGCCCGUGUAAGCAUGUCGCCUGCAGACCCUCAGUGCCACGAAAUAUGCCCUGGCCCCUGCUGGGACCUCACGCGUCCAUAACUAAGGGUCUGUGCUGGUAUCCCUGAAACCCUUGGAAGCAUUGUAAUUGCCCUGGUUUUAAAGGAUCAGGGCACGGAGGUGGGGUAUGAUGAUCAAGGGGGAAAUCUGCAACGAAAGGGGGAAUCACAGCAUUGGAUGAUUUAGAUACACCAGGUAGCAGAGCCCUUACUGGGAAAUUAACCCAUUUAAUGGAUUGGGCAAACCUGCUCCCAAGCAACGCCCGCCUGCCCACCCCAGUCAGGACCACCUGAACUGGCCCUCCCCAGGCAGUCCCACCCACAAGACUGGGAGUAACGUGGUCCGAGGGAAUGAGCUGGAAAUAGGAACCUCCCCAGCUUUGCCACCGGAUAACUUCAGACAUCACCUGUCCUCGCUUCCCUAGUCAUAAUAAUGUUAUGAAGCUAAAAAAGUAGGACUGGAUGGAACUUUAAAGUUGUGGAGACUGGAAACAAUAACCAGGAAGAAUAUCAUUGUUAUUUUUUUAUCCCCCCCACCCCUGAAUGGGGCUUGCUUUUUCAGCCUUGGGGAUAAAAUAACCGAAGCCAGUGAAGUUGGAUCAGGUUGGGGAGGGAGACUAUCACGAGGCACCUCGCGGCUCCUUCCCAGGUGGGGGAGCCUGCCCUCGUGCUUUUGGCCUUCUAACACAGUUCCCCCACAUUUUUAACCCGAUAAAAUAAUUUGGACAAAUAAAUUAUCCCCAACUCAGAUCAGAAACGGGCAGCAAGGAACCUGGGCAGGUGCAGUUUCUCCCUGGCAGGUACCCAGCUCAGUUCGUCUUCUCGGAUGAAAUGGGGUGGAAGGGUUCCCUUUCUACAUGUAAGUACUAAAAGUCAGUGGUGAGAGUCACCCACCACAGCCAAGAAAUUCCACUGACCCCCAGGAACUGCCUUCCCCAGGGCUGAAAGGGAGGCAAGCAGCCAGGUCUGGUCUUCUGCCUUGUUUGGUUUGGUUUGGUUGCACAGAAAGAUGGCCUUCGCUUGGUAUACUGCACACGGCGCUUCUUCCUUGAUUCUCAGUUUGGGGGUCUGCCAAAGGGAGAGUGCCCUGGCCCUCGGUGGAGGGACCUUAGAUUGGAGGUGCCAGAGGGGAGUCCCCAGGAGGGGACAACCUCAGAGACUCUUAAAGACAAAGAGCAAAUCUAUCUCACCUGUUUUCCACCCUCCCUGGCAGCCCCCGCUGGUGUCGCAUCCCUGGCACCCGGGGUUCGACCUCAUGCCAGUUAUGAUUCCCCAGCCUGCCUUUAAUCCUGUUUUCUCCUGCUCAGCCUCCUGGGGCACAGAGACCAAGAACUCGGCUUGCCCAGUUGACCCUUUCUGACCUGGAAGGAAGCCCAUUCUAAACCCUUUCUUUCCUGCAAACGUAGCUCUCCUCCCAGGGGCUUCCUUUCCAAGCCUUCGAGCCUUUGGAGAUACCUCUUAAGAUGUCACUAGCUCCCCAGGGACUGAAAUGCUGUGUCCAGCCUCCAUCACAGAGGAAUUGAUCAGCGCUCCCCUCUCCAAAUCAAGCUUUGUGCAUGAAUGCUUUUCCAUCGCCAGAUAAACACUUAUGAGCACUUACUCCAUGCCAGGCACCUUCUUCAGAAAUCCCUGCCCCUUCUAGUAGCAAGCAGGCAGAUGGAAACAUCAUCUUGUUUUAACAGGGAAUCCAAAGAAAUUAUUACAUAACCAGGAUCCAUCUUUCUUCCCAAGAAGGAUUUUGUUUUUAAGUAAAUGCCUCUCAACCCCAACACAAAGUGGCUUCAUAACUCCUGGCUGGAAGACAGGAGACUGGUCUGAUGUGUUUCUCACGGUUGCCAAAAUCUCUGAUACCAAAAGCCUCGCUGUAAGGAGCCUAUCAGGAGUGGAGCCCUGAUUUCCGAUUCCACUCUGACCCAGGGUGGCUAAAUGCUGCCCUCUUGUGGUGGUUUUUUUAGUUCCGUCCUGGUAGCCUGCAAGUUUUGGUUUAGCAGUCGGUGAGCAAAAAACAGGGUUGACUGGGCAUUGGGGGGUUGUCCUGGUUUCUCUCUGCCUCUUGAAUUGGCCAACAGUAGCUCCAGCUCCAUUUCACAGAAGUGAGUUUGGCCAGGAGGAAGGAGACGUCCCCUACAACAGUCCUAUUCCUGCACCUUGGGUUGCCAAAGCAGCAGAAAAACUCCCUGAGUGGAUACGGGUUUUCCCUUGGUUUCUGUGGAGUCAGACAGCCCGGUAUCUUUGCUCUGUGGGGCGGAUGCUUCAGACCCACCAAAGUGGAAGUUUAGAAGCAGACCUAAGUCCAGAUACUAACUCUGCCCCUGUUUCUGCAGAUAGCUGUGAGCUGGUGACCUAACCUUUCUGAGUCCACAUAACCACCUGUAUACCAAGGUGGAGUAAAUGAGAUAAUGCCCAUUAAGUGCCCGGUUAUAGUACCUGGCCCAGUGUAAGGUAUCACUUUUUUUUCCACUUAAUUUAUAUCAUUUCUUCCCUCUCCAGUAUGUAGAAGGCACAGUGUCAUGUACAGAUCAAAACACAGCUCCUCCCUUAUAGGAGGUUUGGGUCUGUAUGCAGAGACACAGGUCUUAGAAUCUGCCUCAGGUCUGGGGUUUGAGAAGUUGAUGGCUUUCCACCAGCGGAUUUGGGAAAACAAGGUGGCCAGGCCGUGGGAAGAGUGAGCGGAAAGGCAUGGAUGGGAAGCAUGUGGGGUGAAUCGGGGCUCCAGACACAGCAGCCUGGCUCUGGAAGGCUGAGGGAGGCGGAGGUACACUGGCAGGGACAGGUAGGGAGCGGUGAGUGGCAUGCCACAGGAUUUUUGGCUUUAUUUGGUAGGCAAUAGCACCUUAGGAGUUUUGUUUUUUUUUUAAGGGGAAAAUAAGGCCAUUGGGGUUAUGCUUGGGAAAGAAUGUUCUGGCUGCAGUGUAGAGAGUGGGUGGCUGGCCUUUUGAACUAUCAGUGGGUUACUGCAGUAACCCAGGGCUCAAAUGAGGGCAGGGGCAGAUGUGGUGAUAAGAGCAUUCCAGGGGUUGAAUUCCCAGGACACUGAUCUGUGGCGGAGGGUGAGAACAAAGGGAAAGUCAAGAGUCUUGCCUCUAGGCUGAGCAAGGGGUCUCAAGAGAAAAAACAGGCUCAGAGGAAAGAUAAGUCUUGGGUGUUGACAUAAUAGCCAGCUUCUCCCCGAGUCAACAGGGUGGAUCAUUCCAAGGUCCAGCCACGCUUAGAUGUGCUGAAAGAGAACUGACCCCAGGCCGGCAGACAUCGGCCUUAGAACACAGGACCUUCUUGCCAAACACACUCUUGGCGGCCACCUGCUUUGGGUUUCCAAAAGAAGGUCAGAUUUUGCCCCAAGUCAGAAGCAAGUGAGAUGUUCUGACCCAGAUCAUGGUACAAACGGUUCCUGCCAGGAUGGGCAAGCCGCUGUCUGGGCCUCCUCAGUCCUACAGCAUUGGCCCCUUUGAAUUGAUGCCGUUCAGAAAAGCGCGGACUUUUUGUUUACUUGUAUGUUUCCAUCACUGCUGCCCCUUCUCCAGCUCUUUCCCGAGCCCACCCUACCCUCCGAGCUGUCUGUCUGAACCCGCGUGUUCAUCUGAGGCUGUCUGCCAGUGAUGAGGAAAAAGAAAUUUUAAUCUGGAUUUCCCAAGUGACCUGUCUACGCUCCCUGUCUUCUCCUGCAUCCAAAUGUGCCAUUUGGCUCAGGAAUUAAAGACCAAGAGCUGGGGUGGAGGAAAAAGGAUUUGAAAAGCUGAAGGAGUGACCAUGCCCCCUAGAGACUCAACACAGAUGGUCGUCAUACACCUGAAUUUGGCCUUUUGGGACUAAGAGUAGCCUGGCCUCUCCUCUCUCUCCCACGCCCACCCCGUCCCGGGUCCACCUGCCGGUCCCUGCCAGGUGUCACAGCCAGCUCACCCCAAACACUGAUGUUUCUCAGAUGUGAGGACCUGCACAAACUGUCACCCCUGGAAAGGGGCUGUUUGGGGUCUGUUCUCUAUCAAUACUUGUCAGCCUCAUGCAAGGGAGGCGAUCAGGAGUAAAGAUGCCUUGGUAUGUUUCUGAGUUUGUUGCAUCCCAGGACAUCUCUGCAUGGUUAUGAGCAAGCAGGGCAGGUGUGUCUGGUCCAGAGCAGAGCCCUUUCUUAACCAGGUGGCCCUGGCAGGCAGGAAUGAAUCUGCCUGAAGAGGCAGCUUUCCAUGGUGUUCUAGCAAAUGACUCCAGGCCAUCGAAGUGCUCAGACGGGGCUCCCGGGGGGCUCUGAGAGACUCUGGUCCAGGCUCUAUCAGUUUGAGCACUGUUGGCGUUUGUUGCUGGAGAAUUCUUUGUGGUGGGGGCGUCCUGGGCAUUGUAGGGUGUUGAGUGGCACCCCUGGCUUCCACCCACCAGGCGUCAGUAGCAGCACCCCUGCCCCCAAGUUGUGACAACCAAACAUGUCUUCGGGCGUUGCCAGAUGUCCCCUCAGGGCAACAGAAUCUCUACGGGCUGCCCCAGGCCUUCUCACCAUCGACCUUCUGGAAUAAUCAGAGCAUUUCUCAGCCCAGUGGUUUUCUUUCUAUUAUCUGCUGCCAAAUUGAGAGUUGACGGAUUUCAAGAGGGAAUAAAAAAAGUGUGGUUUCACCAACUCCCUCCCAAGACAGAAGGCAUGAGCCCCAUUUCGGUAAGCUACUGUGCCCUUGGCAUCCGUUCUGAUUAAGACACAUGGAGGCCCGUGCCCUCCCGUGCCCCCCGCCUCGCCUCCGCCCUGUUUUCUGUGUCGUUGUGUUGUUGUGAUUGUCAGACCCACUCCGGGCUCAGCAGUGGUUUUCCCAGGAGGCCCCGGGGGGCAGCCCCGGGUCCCUGUGCCGGUGGGUUUCCGUUCCGGGGCUGGGGGGCCGGGGAGGUCGCCUCCACAUGCUGCCAGAAACUCGGAUCCCCCCUACCUCUGAGCUCUCGAUGCUGCUAAUCUCCGCCAAGUGUCCCGUGUGCUCCAGCACCUUCCCCGAA